UGGCGGGCGGGGGGCGGGCCGGGGGCGGGGCCGGGCGCCCUUCAUCCCCCGCCGCUGCGCUCGGCUGCAGGCAGAGCUGACGGCCCCGGCGGAGCGGAGCGCCCGAGUCCCCAUCCAAGGCCAGGCUUGUGUCAGCGUGUGGCCGCUGCUCCUGGGAUCGGGUCCCUGAGCCAUGGAGGCGCCUCUGCAGACCGAGAUGGUGGAGCUGGUGCCCAACGGCAAGCACUCGGAGGGGCUACUCCGGGUCAGCAGCCCCUCAGCAGGAAGCCAGAGGGUGGAGGGCCCCCGGCGCAGCUGCGUGGAAGGCGAAGGCUUCCUGCAGAAAGGCCCCAGCAAGGAGCCGCAGUUCACUGACUUUGAGGGGAAGACGUCAUUCGGGAUGUCGGUGUUCAACCUCAGCAAUGCCAUCAUGGGUAGUGGCAUCCUGGGGCUCGCCUAUGCCAUGGCCAACACGGGCAUCAUCCUCUUCCUGUUCCUGCUGACGGCUGUCGCCCUGCUCUCCAGCUACUCCAUCCACCUGCUACUCAAGUCCUCAGGGAUCGUGGGCAUCCGUGCCUACGAGCAGCUGGGCUACCGUGCCUUCGGGACCCCGGGAAAGCUGGCAGCGGCCCUCGCUAUCACACUGCAGAACAUUGGAGCCAUGUCCAGCUACCUGUACAUCAUCAAGUCUGAGCUUCCCCUGGUCAUACAGACCUUCCUGAACCUGGAGGAGCAAACCUCGGAUUGGUACAUGAACGGGAACUACCUGGUGAUCCUGGUCUCUGUCACCAUCAUCCUCCCUCUGGCUCUCAUGCGGCAACUCGGCUACCUAGGCUACUCCAGCGGCUUCUCCCUCAGCUGCAUGGUGUUCUUUCUCAUUGCAGUCAUUUACAAAAAGUUCCAAGUGCCCUGCCCGCUGCCCCUGCAUGCCACCAACAUCACUGGCAACUUCAGCCUCACGGACAGCACCGAGGAAGAGGCAGCGUCUCGGCUGCAUGGAGCUGAGGCCACCGCCUCCUGCAGCCCCCGAUACUUCAUGCUCAACACACAGACGGCGUAUACCAUCCCCAUCAUGGCCUUUGCCUUCGUCUGCCACCCAGAGGUGCUGCCCAUCUACACUGAGCUCAAGGACCCCUCCAAGGGGAAGAUGCAGCAAAUCUCGAACCUCUCCAUCGCUGUCAUGUACGUCAUGUACUUCCUGGCUGCCCUCUUUGGCUACCUCACCUUCUAUGACGGGGUGGAGUCGGAGCUCCUGCACACCUACAGCAAGGUGGACCCCUUUGACGUGCUGAUCCUGUGUGUGCGUGUGGCCGUGCUGACAGCUGUCACGCUCACCGUGCCCAUCGUUCUGUUUCCGGUGCGCCGAGCCAUCCAGCAGAUGCUCUUCCCUAACCGGGACUUCAGCUGGCUGCGGCAUGUGAUCAUCGCCACCGGCCUGCUGACUGGCAUCAACCUACUGGUCAUCUUCGCCCCCAACAUCCUGGGCAUCUUUGGGGUCAUCGGUGCCACAUCAGCCCCAUGCCUCAUCUUCAUCUUUCCUGCCAGCUUCUACUUCCGCAUUGUGCCCACUGAGAAGGAACCUGCAAAGUCCACCCCCAAGAUCCUGGCCCUGUGCUUUGCUGUGUUUGGCCUCUUGCUGAUGACCAUGAGCUUGAGUUUCAUCAUCAUUGACUGGGCCUCAGGAACUAGCCGGCAAGGAGGAAGCCACUAGGACGGCCCCUUCUGUUCUACCUACUGGUCCUCGAGCCCCUGCAUCCAGGGGCCAAGGGGGUGGGGAGACAUGGUCAGCACCACGGCGCCCGACCCGGCCCACGUCCUCUCUGUGGAAGCUUUUGUUAGGGAAUCAGGACCAAGGCCUUUGGGCCAUGACCCUGCUGGGCUCCUUGGAUGCAGGGGCUUCCCGAGCCGGGAGCAGGGUGGGCCUGCAGCCCCACUCCCAUCCUUUUGCCUCAGACACCGCCCCCCCAACUCCUGUCCUUCUGCCCAGCUGCAUGCACUGAGGUCCAGCAGUGGCCUCUGGGGGUGGGAGGCAGCUGUGUCUCCUGCUGGGGCAUGCAGAGCUGCAGCACGGUCUGCCCUGAACCCCUGCCCGUGCCCUCCCCGUCUGCUUCCCCUCUCUGUCCCCUCAGCCCCUUUCAGCCCUCAGAUACUCUUGGCCCUGCCCCCAUCUCCACCCCCCCGGGAGCCGACUGGAUACCUGGAAUGAACAGGUUCUUCUGUUCAUUCAGGAGCGAUAGUACAGCGGGUAGGGCGUUUGCCUUGCACUCGGCCCACCCGGGUUCAAUUCCCACCGUCCCAUAUGGUCCCCCGAGCACCGCCAGGAGUAAUUCCUGAGUGCAGAGCCAGGAGUAACCCCUGAGCAUCGCCGGGUGUGAUCCAAAAAGCAAAAAAAAAAAAAAAAGAGCAGGUUCUUCUGAAGGGGAGGCUGAUGUGGGCACCCCCAAGGGAAUCUGCCUUGCUCCCUCCACCAGUCCUGGGGAGGCUGGGCCUCCACCACCCUCAACCCUGGGCCACAGCUCACAUUCCACUACCAGGGAAAAAAGAGUGUCUCUGCCCUGGGGGUGCCUAAGACCCCAGGGACCAGGCUGAGGUGAGGGAGGAGAGACUGGUGACCCCCUUUUAUAAAUAUGAUACGUCAGACCAGCUGUGUUUUAUCUUCUCCAUCUCCAUGGUCCCUGGGCUCCUGACAAGCAGAGGGGGGAGGGAGGCUGUGGCUGGUGAUGGUGCCCCUCCCCCCUCUCUCCCGGGCAUGAGGUAGGAACAGAGUCCCCACCCCGCUGGCCCCUGCCUCCCAAACCAGCUAGUGGCAAUGUCAGAUCCAGCUUUGGGCCUGAGCCAGGCCUAACACAGACCUGCUUUCUCACGGGGUGAGGUGGGGAAGAAUUAAUGAGGCUCCAGGAAAUGGGACAGAGCGAGGCCUCCGGAAGGAGGCAACGUGAGGUGCAUCCCCAGCAGCUGCAGGGAGGGUCUGAGCUGGGGGCAGCCGAGCCCCCCUGAAGCCUGUGCGGGGGCCCCCCUGCCCUCCUGGGGCUGCCAUGUCAACCCGCUGUCAAUGCCUCAAGCCUGGGAACAAAAGUCCAGGGAUCCUGGGCCCUUCGGGCUGAUCUUUUUAUCGCUAGUAAAAGGCACUCUGAAUAAAGGUGGGUGCAGUCCUGA